AACAAAAGCAUGUAUAAUCCUGUUGGAUCUGUAGUCAUUUGAGUCAUUGGUCCAAUCUUGGUCUAUGAACAUAACAUUCAUGGAAGUACGCCUUAAAGUACAUAACCAAGAACACGUGGAUGUGUUUUUUGCGGAAUUUGUUUAAUUAAACGUUAUUAAAUAUGUGCGAAGAACAGAAAGUACAAUACUUGGUUGUUGAUACAAGUGCUUUCAUUAGAAAUGCAGCGUUACAGAAUAUUGGUGUUAAUAUUAUAACAGAACAAGAUGUAGUGAAUGAAGUUACAAGUAAAAGACAAUUAAGAAGAUUAGUUGUUCUACCAUAUGAUUUAAAAAUACAAAAUGCAUAUCCUGAAAACAUCAAAUUUGUUACAGAGUUUUCCAAAAAAACUGGUGAUUAUGCUAGUCUAUCAGCAACAGAUAUAAAAGUAAUAGCAUUAACAUAUCAAUUAGAGAAAGAAAAAGUAGGCUUGGAUCAUUUAAAACAGGAACCAGUGAUAAAAAAGAUUGUAGAUACCAGUGUAGAAAAAACAGAGGAUCUUACCAAACCUGUAGCUGGUUUUUAUAUGCCACAGAAAAAAGAAAACAUUAAUGAAGAAAAUAUAGAAAAAUUUGGAAAAAGAGAAUGUUUGGAAGAUAACAAUAAAGAAAUAGAAACAAAUUUAAGGAAAAAUGUAAAGAAUAUUGAUAAUGAAGAAGAAGAUUCAGAAUCUUAUUUUAGUCAGUCUUCUGAUAAUCUUGAAUCAGAUUAUGAAACUGCUGAUUCUGAUGUGGAUCAAAGUAGAACCAAAGAUUUAUCUACUAAAUUCUCAAAAUUAAAUUGUGAGUCAACAGAAUUUGUAGUUCAUGAUAAGAACAAUAUGGAGCACAAUGCUGAUGACAUUCUGGUUCCUGUUAAUGAAAUCAAUAAUGAUGGAAAGGAUGAGUAUGAAGAUUAUGAUGAUGAUGAUGGUGGUGAGAGUGAGGAUGAGGAUUAUGAUGAUGAUGAUGAUGAUAGUAAUGGUAAUGAUGAUGAUACUGGCUGGAUUACACCAAGCAAUAUUUGCUGUAUAAAGAAAGAACUUGAUUCGGAACUUCUUGAACUGAAACCUGCAACAGUAGCAUGCUUAACAAUGGAUUUUGCAAUGCAAAAUGUUUUAAAACAAAUUGGACUGAAUGUAGUUUCAUUAGAUGGAAGAAUGAUUAAACAAAUGCGAACGUUUAUCCUUAGGUGUUACGCAUGUUUCAAAACUACCAGUAUUAUGACAAAAGCAUUUUGUCCUAGUUGUGGUAAUAAAACGUUAAAAAAAGUAGCGGUCACAUUAAACGAAGAAGGAAAACAACAAAUUCAUAUCAAUUUCCGAAAACCGAUUUCGAAAAAAGGAAAAAGAUUUUCUUUACCAAUGCCAAAAGGUGGGAAACAUGCAAAUAAUCCUAUACUUUGUGAAGAUCAACCUCUACCUGAUCAAAGAUUAUCAAGACUUGCACGUAUUAAAAAUGAUCCUUUGCAAGAUGAUUAUAUAGCUGGAUAUUCGCCAUUUAUUAUGCGUGAUGUAUAUUCUAAAUCAGCUAUGUUAGGUAUACGAGCAGGAGGUUCUAUUAAAUAUUGGAUGAGGAAAAAUCCAAACGAAUGUAGAAGAAAAAGAAAAUAAUUCUUAUCAUUUUUGUACACCGUAUUUUAAAUAGUAUAAACGUUCUUAAAAUACAAAAUAUUUCCUAAAAUAUAUGCAUACAUAUAAAGAGAA